UUUCCUUGUUCGUCUUCACUAAGCAAGCUUCCAUCGCUGCAGCGGCGGGGAGGCGGCGGGCCGAUUCCUGAAAAAAACGAGUUUUAUGUAUAAGGGGCGCCAUUUUCCGGUGAGUUGGCGGCGUGAAUGAUGGAGAAUAGGGCUAUAGUUAUUAAUUAAAAUUGAAUGGGCCAUUUUUGGAUUUUAGGUUUAUUUCGGUUUGGGCCAUUUAUUUAGGUUUACUCCGCCGCCGCGUUCUAGACAUUUCACCGGAAAUAGAAAAGCUGAAAUGCUUCGUUCGAAACCCGCCUUCCGCAAGCCACCGCCUCCGCCGGUGCGUCGCUGCUGCGUUUCGGAUCCCUAUUCCGACAUUCUUAGUAGAGAAUCGGAGAGGCCAACAAACAUAGAGUCCCUCCCCACAGACCUACUGUUGGAAAUUCUCCUCCGAUUGCCGGCCGAUCAUCUCUACGAGAGAGCGAGGCUCGUCUGCCGGCAGUGGUACCACAUUAUCCAUUCUCAUGCCUUCAUCAACGCGCAGAUGCACGGUGCUACCUAUGGACUCCUUUUGUCAUUCCUAGACAAUAAUGCUCUGCCACUUUAUGUAACAGCCGACAAAGACGGUGGAAUCCACACAUCUGAGAUAAAUCACACCUCCAAAUCGGGAGUUCUUGCUACCUGCAACGGUUUGGUUCUGGAGUUGGAAGCCAAAGGUUACUACUUCCCUCGUCUUGUGGUUGUGAAUCCUGCAACGAAGCAAUCAUUCCUCCUCCCACCAUUCCCUCUUCUUGAGGUUGUGAAUCCUGCAACGAAGCAGUCAUUCUUCCUCCCACCAUUCCCUCGAGGCGUAGCCUAUGACCGGCUCCUGUAUGGUUUUGCAUACUCUGCAGCUUCCUUGGCGUAUAAAGCGAUUGCACCGUGCACUGUUCGCCAAUCGCCACGACGCCUAGAAACUGACUACGGUCUUCACGUGCUCACUGUUGGAAUCGAUGAAUCGUGGAGGGACGUCGAGGUUCACCACCUCCCCGACCAUGUCAGGUCAUUUUUCUUCCAUCAGUCUCCCUUGACUAGUGAAGGUUUCUUGCAUUGGGGAAGCGGGAGGUACUGCGUGACGAUGGAUGUGGAGACGGAGAUCAUUACACUGAGUGAAGCCCCUCAUCAGUACCAUGAAAACGACUAUUAUUAUUAUCUGUCAACUGGGAGGUGUGUGUCGCUCCUGGUUGCGUGUGGGGAUCUGUCGUGGGAGGUUUGGGAGAUGAAGGCAGAGACGGGCGAGUGGAGGAAGGCGCUGCCCAACGUCGAGUUGGGGGCUGAGAAAUGCAGGAUUCAACAGUUUUCUGAUGGAGCUCUUGAGCCACUUGGUUGGGUUAAAUAUCCACAGGUUUUGGCCUUUUAUUUUGGCGCUUAUUAUUGUCAUGAGAAGCAAAUAUGUCAUUGCAUUUUGUACAAUCUUGAUACGCAUCAACUCGACUCCAUAGAACUACCACAUUCCUAUAGUAGAGAUCAUGAUGUUUUUCCUCAUAAGAAUAAUCUGAUAUGGCUAAGUUAA